GAGGGGGGGGGAGCAGCCAUGUUGUGGCGAGGGGUAUAAAGUGACUCUAAGAGCCGGGAAAGAGCCGGGAAGAACAGGAAGCGUGCUUGGGGCGGCGGCAUUAGCUGGCGAGGGCUCGCCUGCGGAAGACGAGGGGGCGGUGGCGGUGCAGCGGUGCCAGCCAGGAGGUGCCAGCCAGGAGCUCGGAAGGCUAAGGCAGGACGAGGACCGCCCCGGCGCGGCAGAGAUUCGGCGCGGCUCCUGCUGCUGGCUUUCUCAAGCCAGGCUUAUAGCUGGUAGAAUGAAAAAGUUUAAGAGAAGACUUUCUUUAACACUGCGUGGGAGUCAGACUAUUGAUGAGUCACUUUCUGAACUGGCUGAACAAAUGACAAUUGAAGAGAACAGCAACAAAGAUAACGAACCCAUUGUGAAGAAUGGCAGACCUCCAACAUCACACAGCAUGCACUCAUUUCUUCAUCAGUAUACAGGAUCCUUCAAAAAGCCUCCAUUACGACGACCACACAGCGUUAUAGGGGGCAGUCUGGGUUCUUUUAUGGCAAUGCCAAGAAAUGGGAGCAGAUUAGAUAUUGUACACGAAAACCUAAAAAUGGGAUCAGAUGGUGAAAGUGACCAAGCUUCUGGAACAUCAUCUGAUGAAGUUCAAUCCCCAACAGGUGUUUGUCUCAGGAACAGGAUACACAGACGGAUAUCUAUGGAGGACUUAAAUAAACGCUUGUCACUACCUGCAGACAUUAGGAUACCCGAUGGAUAUCUUGAAAAGUUUCAAAUAAACAGUCCACCAUUUGAUCAACCAAUGAGUCGACGAUCUCGUAGAGCAUCAUUGUCUGAAAUUGGAUUUGGAAAAAUGGAAACUUAUGUUAAAUUAGAAAAGCUUGGUGAGGGUACAUAUGCAACAGUAUAUAAAGGAAGAAGUAAGCUGACUGAAAAUCUAGUAGCUUUAAAAGAAAUCAGAUUAGAACAUGAAGAGGGUGCACCGUGCACAGCUAUUAGAGAAGUGUCAUUGCUAAAAGAUCUAAAACAUGCAAAUAUUGUUACAUUACAUGAUAUUGUCCAUACAGACAAAUCAUUAACGCUUGUAUUUGAGUAUCUGGACAAAGACCUAAAGCAAUAUAUGGAUGACUGUGGGAACAUUAUGAGUGUUCAUAAUGUAAAGUUAUUUUUAUACCAGAUUCUGCGCGGUUUGGCCUAUUGUCACAGAAGAAAAGUACUACACCGGGACUUAAAACCACAAAAUCUACUAAUUAAUGAAAGAGGAGAAUUAAAGCUAGCAGACUUUGGCCUGGCUAGAGCAAAAUCUGUUCCUACAAAGACAUAUUCAAAUGAAGUUGUUACAUUGUGGUAUAGGCCUCCAGAUGUUCUUCUCGGAUCUUCUGAAUAUUCCACACAAAUUGAUAUGUGGGGAGUUGGAUGUAUAUUUUUUGAAAUGGCAUCAGGAAGACCUCUCUUUCCUGGGUCAACGGUUGAAGAUGAAUUGCACUUAAUUUUCAGACUUCUGGGAACUCCAUCACAAGAAACAUGGCCAGGCAUUACUUCCAGUGAUGAGUUUAGGAAUUACAACUUUCCCAAAUACAAGCCACAACCUUUGAUCAACCACGCUCCAAGGUUGGAUUCAGAAGGGAUUGAACUGAUAGUAAAAUUUCUUCAAUAUGAAUCAAAGAAAAGAAUAUCAGCAGAAGAGGCUAUGAAACAUGCAUAUUUCAGAAGUCUUGGAACUAGAAUACAUACUUUACCAGAAAGUGUAUCAAUAUUCACUUUGAAAGAAAUUCAGCUCCAAAAAGAUCCAGGCUUUCGAAAUUCCACUUAUCCAGAGACAGGACAUGGGAAGAACAGAAGACAAAGCAUGCUUUUCUGAGGCAGGCAGUACUGUUUCAAGCCAAGACUGGUUUUACCUCCAUCAAGGACUCUGGUUUAAAGGCAAUUCUUCCCUGGUGGACUUGAAAUCUGUUUGUCUACACUGUCCUCCUCACAGUGCAGUCUUUUUAUUUCGGACCUACUGGUUAUUUUUUUUUAAUAUAUAUAUGUAAAUAUAUAUAUAUAUGUAUUUGUUGUCACAAUGUGACAAAUUUUUGUACAUUUUAAGGUCUCCACCACCAUUAGAUCCAGUAGGUUACAACUGUUAAUGUAACAGUAGCUGCAAUUUUUGUGCAGGACUGAGAAACACAGUGCAUUAUUUAUUGUGUAAUCAUUGCUGCUAAAAAAACUACUGUCUGUAUAGUUAAGAGCCGAAUGCCUGAAAGAGUUGCAAUGGGUUUACUGUAUAUGCUAUGUGAAUGCCUUGUUUCUCUUCAUGAAUUAUUGCUGCAGUUUUAUAUCUUGUUUUUUCUUUAACUGCAAUUUUUCCUGGAAUGUAAACACAGCUUUCUUGACUAUAGUUACUAUUUACUUUAACACUCUCUAGUUCUUGGCCUGUAAAUUUCUUAUUUAACAUUAGAUAUGAAGUACUUAGAAUGCUACCAAAUACCUUUUUAAAGCACUUAGUAGUACAGAUAUCAGUUCAAAUUGAUGAAAAAUUAUAUGGAUCAGGUUCCAGAUCUCUUAUUUUGCUUAUAUCAGAAAUGAUAAACCACCUAUAUGUGACACUUAACUAUUAUCUCCCUUCUCUUAACUUUUUCUAAUAGACUGUUAGAAUAUUUUUGAUAUUGAUAUUUCCCAAAACGUUCCAGUGAUUCAAAACAAACUGUGGGUGUGAAGCAUCCCAGCUCAAUUCUCUAAUUGCCACCUGCUUUGGUGGCUGUUUCAUGACCACGUGUUCAUUGGAAAGCCACUAAAGAAUGCAAGUCCACAAUAAAGAAUCUAUCACUUUAUUAUGCAGGCUUCCUAGAGCAGUGUUUCUCAACCUUGACAAGUUGAAGUCCACAGGACUUCAAGUUGCCAAGGUUGAGAAACACUGUCCUAGAGUAUGAGAACUUGGAGGGUUUUAAAGGUUGUAGGCGUUACCUGUUUAUUGAAAUUAAGUCAUCAUAUUACAGUACUACUAAGCUUAUGUAUCUCAGUGAGUAUCAUAAGUACCUCCUGGUGAUAGGAACAGUAUUUUUCAGCAUUUGUGUUCACCUUUUGGAACUUCUUCGUUUAGUGCAUCUUCCAGAGGCUGUAAAUCUUUAUUAGUAUAUUUUGAAAUGGUUAUGUAAAUCUUUGGCUGAUGUAUCAUGAAAAAUAUUCCUAGAUAACUUAAUUUUUUUUCCUGAUGUUCACUGUAAAACAUUCAGGGGUCCUACCAUUUCUGUUCAGGAAAUCUUGUAAUUGAUUAUUGUUAUUUAACAGUAUUAAGUGAAAGAUUUUGUAUGUUUCUUUAACUUUAUUUGUGAAUAGUAAUUGUGGCAUGUUUUGGAAUGUUUUCUUAAUGUUUUAUUAUUAUAAUAGUAAAAUUAAUUUGAGAACUUUUUUCUGGAAAAGAAGACAAAUUUAUGUGAAAUGGUGACUAUUGGACCACUGCUGCUUUUCAGCAUUUGUAAACUGGUUUUACACUUAACGAAGCCCAGUAGAGCUAACCAAUUGCUGUUUAUUUCUAACAGAUGGACCUGUAUUAAUGCUGUACUUUUGAAAGUAUAAAUAUUAUAUCGAAAUCUUCAGUAGUGUUCAGAUAUUCUGUUGCAUCUCACCAUGCAGCUUUAAGAAAAAAUUGCAUUUCUCCCACCUUCUUGAAAUCCUGAAUCCCUCACCUUCCUGAAGCUUGCCAAAAUCAUUGAAUUGAAGAAAACUUUCCUGUCACUUUUCAGGAAAAACAAUAAAUCCUAUUUUUUAAAAGAUGGCUUCCCUUGAAGCUUGAAACUUUUCCACCGUGUAUUAUGCAUUUUUAAACUGACCAGCUAAUCCAGUGAAAUCUGCACAAAAACUAGCUGGCAGAUGUAAUUUAGUUUUACGAAAGUACCCAGAAGAUAUAUGUGUUUUCUGUAUAAGGUUGGAAUAUACUAUUGUUUGGAAACAAUGUUUAAAUUCAACUUCCCAGAUUCAGCUAGAAAACUGCUGCUUGACAAACCAGUAAGACAUCAGUUGAAUUGGGCAUAGCAGGAAUGGAAGGAAGAAACAGGAUUUUUAAACUCUUGAAGGAACUCAGAAAUUGCCGUUUAUUCAGCAGAAUUGUGGCUAUUUCUCCUAUUUGAACAAAGCAUUAUUACAGUUUGAAAGACUUGAUCUAUUUGCAAUUCUGAUAUACACAUCCAUUUUUUCGACUUUGCACAAAGAAGGAAUUGAGAUUCCAUUUCAUUAUUUUCCUUACAGUUCUUCACCACCUACCAUGCUAUUUAGAAAAAUCCCUUCAUUGUCUACAGCAUCCCCCCCCUCCCUCCCUCCCUCUCUGAAAGAGGAAACAUUGGCAAAAAUUUCUUCCACAUUCCGUCAGCAAGAGAACUUUGAAUCCAGCUCUCAGAAUUUAGUGAAGUUUUUACCAGAAAUUCUAACACAUAGGGGUUAAAUGUUAAAUGCUUACAAAUAGAACAGAUAAACUACAAAAAAGGUCUUUAUAGCCAAUAGAAAAAUAAUUGAAAUAUACAUAACAUUACCAAAUGUUACAUUUGUUAUUUAAGAAUUUAUUGCAAAUUUCUAAUCUAUAAAUCUGAGUGUCUCACCAGCUGGACUCAAUGUUAUUCUCAUUAAUGCUACUAGAAAUGUAUGCAAUCUUUUUCUCCCCGUUAAAUAUCCUCACAACAGCUCUGUGAGGUUGGUUUAAAUAAACAUCUUUAAGCUAUUUCAAUGUUUACAUAUGUAAAAUGUGAAUGAAAAUAAUUAAAGAACUUUUCAAGCUUAAAUGGUAUUUAUGUUGGAAAUCAGGAUUUUUCACAGCAUUUUUUCUUCUUGGCAUCCUUUAAACAUACUGGACUACAAAUCCCGGGUAUUCCUAGCCAGUAAUGCAGUGCCAGUUAAAAGUUGUACUUGCAGUGAUCUGGAGGAAAAUCUGGCUUAAUAGAUAUUUUGUUGGUACCUUUAGUCAAUUGUACUUCAAAAGGAUUGUAUGCAAAUAUGAGUAUCUUAUGAAGUAUCUCACUUGGUAGAGCAGAUGUACAGUACGUGUUAACAGUGGUCCAUUUAAAACUUUUGUUUGGAAACUGUUGUGAACAAAUAAAACAUAUUUGGGUAUGUCUUGUAGGAGCAAAUCUCAUGGAUUGGGCAACAGAAGAAGGAUCAUCCCUUUUAUUUAUAAUUAGAGUUUAUAUUUCAGAAUAAGUUUCAUUAUUAUCAAGAAAAAAUAAGAGUUCCAGCUUUUAAUGCAAUACAUUUGUUGAUACAGCUGUGUUAAACAACACCCACAUUAAUGCAUAAAUGUCUGUUCCCUGUGUAUCUGUGAAUAAUUUCUUGACUGAAGCAGUUAGAACUUCACACCAUUAUCCAGUAAACUUGAUUGCUUGGUAUACUUUAUUUUUUACACAGCAAACACAUUAAAACAUUUGUAACUUUAAAGAGUCAACAGGUAAUUCACGUAUGUGUUUGCCACAGACGCUAUCUAUGAAAAUGCAGAAGUGCAUUUGCAGCCAUGAUGUUUAUCUUUCUAUUGUAGUAUCUUCAGCAUCUCACAAUAUAAGUAUGCAAAAACAUAUAGAGAGAGCAUUGCUGUUAAUUGGCUUGCUAAAUAUUCAACUAAACAGUUAAACCAAUCUUUCUCAAUCUGGGGCCUUACUAUGCCUAAAUGUAGUAUGCUAGCCAAGAAUUAUAGAAGCAAUGAUCUGACUAAUCUGGGUAUUAGUAGGAAAGGCUUACUUUUGUAGUUCACUAUGGACUAAUUAAGACACAUGAGAUUUAGACAGAGAAGAAGGGGUUAGAUACAGCAUUUAGGGGCACUUAGACAUCAAGCAUCUAUUAGCUACUUACUAGCCUUUAAUUUGCAUUUAAGGAAAUGAGUUAAAGAAAUAUGGCUCUGAAUAUGUAGCUUAUGGAUGUACAUGUUCUGGCUUUUACAAUAUAAAGGUUACAGUAUAUUACUGAUGACCUCAUAGUCUCACAGCUUCCUGAUGAUUGGCAAAAAAAUAUUACACCACCUGAAAUAUACCAUCUGAUAUAAACUUUUCUUCAGCUUAAAUUUCAUCUCACUUCUGCAUGUGAUUAUUAAAAGUAGCCAAAUAAUAGUGUUCUGCAUGUUCUUCAAAUGGGAAGAACACAAUCCUACUUUUAAUGUAAA